AUGAAAAUUUGUUGAAAUAUACAUAUUAUAUAGUUUUGAUGAAACAUUUAUUAUUUGGUAAUUUCCAGACUCAAGUAGUGAUGAUUCAGACUCUGAGAUGAAACUAACAAAUGUGUCGAGACUUGUGAUGCGACCGAUUGGACACUCGGGUAAAGCAAAGAAAGGUCAUCUCGUGUUUGACGCCUCCUUUGAAUCGGGUAAUUUGGGUCGAGUCGACCGCAUCAGUCACUUGACAUAUGACCUCUUUGUCAGGCCUGACAUCGCUGACCCCAGACAUCGACUUUGGUUCAACUUUACCAUUGAUAAUGCUAUCAACAAUCAGCGAAUAAUUAUAAAUAUAGUGAAUUUGGCGAAGAGUUGUCACAUAUUUCACUCAGGCUUUGGACCGGUAGUGCGUUCAUCACAAUAUCCUCAGUGGUGCGCCAUUCAACCGGAAUAUGUAUUUUACUACCGGAGUCCAGAGCAUCGGAUGCGUUAUGUGCUCUCAUUUGCAUUUGUUUUUAAUGGCAAAGAUAAUGAUGUUUAUCAGUUUGCACUGUCAUAUCCGUACACAUAUAGCAAACAUUGUCAUCAAUUACAACACUGGAAACACAUUUAUUAUAAUAAACCAAAUGUUGGUUUAACACAAAAUUUUCGUUUUGAAAUCAACACAAUUGGUAAAAGUUUGCAAAAUAGAGACAUACACUUAAUAACAAUUGGCGGCAAUAAAUGUUUAGAGGACAGUAAGAUUGGUUCAAAAAUAGUAAUAAUAACGGCACGACUUCACCCGUCAGAGACGGCCACUUCAUACAUAUGCGAAGGUAUUAUAAAUUUGCUUAUAAGUGAUGAUCCAGUGGCCACUUGUUUGCGAUCGUAUACUAAAUUUUAUAUAAUACCAAUGCCUAAUCCAGACGGUGUGUUUGUAGGAAAUACUAGAACAUCAGUAAUUGGUAGUGACCUGAAUGCUAGUUGGCAUAAGAUAUCACCACUAAUGCAUCCAGAAUUAGUGGCUGUCAAACAAACCAUUGAAGAUAUCGCAAAAACAUAUGGUGAAGAUGUGGACACAUAUAUUGAUCUUCACGCACACACCUAUCUAUUGGGUGCCUGUAUUUAUGGUGUUUCUAGAGAUGAUAUUUUCCAUAUGGAAAGACACGCUCUGUUUCCUAAAUUAUUGAGUAUAAUAGCGGAUGACUUUUAUAUCGAUAACACUGUCUAUUGUAAAGAAAGGCAUAGCUCCGGCAGUUCCCGCAGUUAUAUGACAACCAUAUUUCACAGCAAAACAAAUUGUUAUACAUUAGAAGUAAGCCAUUACGGCUAUUAUGAUAAGCAAACACUGGGACACACCAUCAUUCCGUAUACCGACAAAAAAUAUAAAUUGUUGGCAGAAAAUAUGGUAAUCGCACUGUUAGAUUGUUACCGGACUAUUGGUCACAUACCACCUAAUGAUAUAUCACCACAGAUUCAACAUUUACUGUCGCAUACCAGUCAAGGAAUGCUCAGUCAAUCCAAUGAAUAUAAACUUAAAGAUUCAAUCAUUAAAUUAACCACAAAAUCUAUUAAUUCAUAA